UUGCAUGUCGGUGCGUAACGCCGCGGGAGUGUCGCGCCUCUUUCCGUCCCCCGUGGAACCGAGCGAGCUGCGGAGUCCAUGAAUCACCGUGGCCGCGUGCACCAGGCGCGUGCUCGACGUCAGGACAGCAAGGGUAAGACGAGGGCAGCGGCGCGCCUCGGGGUUUGGGGUCUGAUUUUCUCCCGUGGCGUCUGUGUGGAGCCUGCCACACACCCACUCCACAACAACGACGGCUUUUGCCUGCAUCUUCCAGUGUUUCUUCUGUCAGCAAGUCCAGCAGAGCUGCAACUCGUCCGGCGCCAGCCCUGACAGCAGCGAGGAGCCGCCCCCCACGGACAUGGUGAAGAUGACCAAGUCCAAGACCUUCCAGGCCUACCUGCCGUCCUGCCACCGCACCUACAGCUGCAUCCACUGCCGGGCGCACCUGGCCAACCACGACGAGCUCAUCUCCAAGUCGUUUCAAGGCAGUCAGGGACGAGCCUACCUGUUUAACUCAGUGGUGAAUGUAGGCUGCGGGCCAGCGGAGGAGCGGGUUCUCCUCACAGGUUUACAUGCUGUGGCUGAUAUCUACUGUGAAAACUGUAAAACCACCCUGGGCUGGAAAUAUGAACACGCGUUCGAGAGCAGUCAGAAGUACAAGGAGGGGAAGUUCAUCAUCGAGCUGGCUCACAUGAUCAAGGACAACGGCUGGGAGUGACGCCCCGCCCCCUCCUGACCUCUGACCUCGGAAUGCUCUCUGUCGGACUGCGUGGAGCGACAACCAUCGCCCUCCCCCCGGACGUACCAUCACCACCCCCCCACCUCACCUUACCUCCACCAGCCUCCGCCCCCUCCCGCCCUCCGCCGGGAGGACGGCGCCGUUACUCUGAAGAUUGUUUAAGUUUGACCCCCACCCCCACCCGCCCCACCGCACCACGCUUCCAAGUGAUUGUGGCGUUACCGUGACGACCAUGAGGAGAGAGACUCCGGUCGUGGGACAGCGAGGACGACCCGGCGGUUUGGGUUUGAUGACAGACGGAUGUUACUGGUUAGCAUUUUAUUCCCUGUCAGAUCUUUUGUUUACUGGUUUGUUUGUUUUACUGUGGCUCGUUGUUUCCACGCCUGUAGCUGAGCAUGCUUUUCUUUGCUAAUUUCCAAAUGAGCAAUCAGGGAGGGGGGAGGGUCAAGGGUCAAGGGGGAGGGACUUUAGUUCCAAAUAUGUAGCAGCAUCUUGCUUCUGUUGUUUUGUUUUGAAGUAUGGAUGAACCGGAUGGCAGGACUGCGGUUUUUAUAUCUGAUACCUGAUAUUUUCCUCUGUUUUGACCUUUUAUUAUUAUUAUUAUUAUUUUUUUGUGGAUUAUUGAUCCCCCCUCCCCCGUUGGUACUUUUCACCGCCCAAUCAGAAGAGCAGCACCCAGUGUUACUGCGACCCUAAUGGGUUUAUAUAGAGAGUACAUAUGGCUGGUUCCAUCCUGGAGGUUUAAAGAUGAACUGAAAUACUUUGGAGAACGACGGGGAACCGCUGCCCCGUCCACACACACUUCAUUACCCAUAUAUGAAAACACACCGUAUGAGAACGUAUCCAGAAAUACUAUGAGAAUGUUCGUAGUACGUAGAUAUUGGAACAUGGUUUCUAGAUAUAUAUUUAUAUAUAUAUAUAUAUAUAUUUGCUGCCAUGCAUAUGUGUAUAUAUGCAUAUUAAUUUGUGUAUAUAUACAUUGUGUGUGUGUGCACGCACGCGUGUCUGUGUGUGUGUGUGUGUGUGUGUGGCAUACUUGAACGACGCUUCUUGGUUUGCACUUUGCGGAGGCCUUCAGUUCACUUCGGUUUAGAGGCAAAAACCAGUCGCUCGGCUUCUGUCGGUCUUCAGAGCUUCUCUCGGACCGUCGCGUCGUUUUUCAAAACUUCUCUGGGACUUCGUUCCACUCCUCCUGGUCUUAUUUGAACCUGGACCAGAGGAGGAUGUGAUGGCUCCAAUCCGGUUCCGGUCACACGGUAACGGUUUGUUUGUCGCGACUCCAGCUGCUGUUUUCUCUCACAGCUCAGAAAAACGCCGAUCGAUCUGAGAACCAAUCGAGACGCAACGACGGAUACAACUUAGGGUUUUUCGUUUCCACGGCGACAUCUGUUGGCAAAUGCAGUCCACAGUCCCUCUAGUGGCCCGACGGGGAAACUGCACCACUUUCAGAGUUUCUGCCGUGGAAAGGUUCAGUUUCGCUCGUUUGGUUUCUGGAGAGAAUAAAAUAAUCCUCAGACUCUGCUGCUGCCGUCGAACUUCUUCCUGCCCUCCAAGGUCUCUUGCACUUUAAGUCUCUCUCUCUCACUCUCUCUCUCUCUCUCGAUUUGCCUCUAAGCCGUCUGAAUCUUGCGCCUCUUCAAACACCCCCCCUUGGUUGUGCAGUGCAUAACUCUCCAUGUGAACCGACGUGUCUUCCCCGCUCCCCCACCAACGUUCUCCCCCCGUGGUGUUUUUUUUUUAUUUCUUCUCAUUCCUUGUUGUUUGGUCAGUUUACUUCGGGGAAAACAGAGACUGGGUAUAUUUUCUAUGUAACGACCGGAGCAGAGACAGAUCGGGUUUAUUGACGAUAAUCCAGGACGCCUGUUGGAGUUUUGAUCGGGGGGAUUAAAACAUGGCAGCAGGUGGGGAAGGGGGGGGGGGGGGGGGGGGGGGGGGGGGGGGGAGUAGAGAUUUAAAAAUCAGCAGUGAUUGAUUACUUUGCCGGCAAGGUCAGUCAGAUCACACGACCUUCCCUCCUGGGAGACGUGGACCAGGCGUCUGGGCCGCUCCACGUCUUGUACAUACAGCCACAUAUUUAAGGUUUUAUACGUAUUUCUACUGGGUUAGUUCUUUUACUUCCCCAACUCGAUGCACUUUUGUUCACCGUACCUCUGGCUGUGUGCGUGUGUGUGUGCGUGUGUGUCCCUGCACACUGAAGCGAAUGUUUACUUUCUUUGUCUGGACUUUUCUUUUCCCCUCUUCUUUAGUUUUUCCUCCGUUCACAGCUGUUUGUUUUCCCGGUGGUCUGAGGUCCGGACUGGGGUCCAGACCCGGAUCUGGACCCGGUUGUCUGGCAGUGACCCUCGUUCUGUCUGUUAGCUCGUGGGUUGACGCCCGAUCGAGGCCCUGCGGAGCUGGAAUCUCCCUCCAUGUCACAGGGAGAGAAUCCUCCACCUCCUCCACCACACUCCAGGCGGCGUAGUGCUCGGCGCCGAGUCGUAUUGGAGGUCCUUCCCUCUGCUGUCCGCGCCGGCUGUGAAUAUCUGAUUGUAUCGUUUCUGUUGGGUUUCAGUCCAUUGGCCCUCCGGCGUGCGGCAGCGGCGUGCGGCGUUCCCACGGCGGUCCAAACGCUGCGGCGCAACCGGCCGCUCACUUCCUGUUAAAACCUUCUUUUUUUACGGUUUCACUCACAGUCCGGCCUUACACUGGUUCACCUGGCCCCAGGUGACUACCCAGACUACCCAGCAUGCAUCGGUGCACCUCCACAUCAGGCCGGGUGCAAACUGACUUUCGCGUUCUAGAACAGUGUUAGCCGUUCUCGCGGAAACGCUGUGAAGUUCCUUUAAAGGACCUCCAACACGGCGCCGCCGCCGCCGCCCUUCAGGCAGUCAGAGCCGUACCGACAAAAAGCAGCGGCCAGUGUCACCGCCAGUCUGUACCAAAGGAGACGCGGUUCUGUGGCGUGGCGGGAGGCACGGAAGAUGCGUGGAACGGCCAACGACUCCCCGUCCGAGGAUUUUAACCGCGAUACCAAAACCAGAGCGAGACCUCCGGUCUGCUGCGACCGGCCGGGUCUCUCUGUAGAAUGUUCCGAUUCUCCGAACUCGCAGCCCGGAUGAAGAGUGAAACAUUAAAAAUGUAGAUAUCUGCUGCUGAAAACUGUUUACGUUCUCUGGCUCUUCUGUUUUCUGUGACACUGGCUUCCUACUUUUUGAGCUCCGUUUCCGUGGACAAGCGAACGGCCGGCUGCCAACACCGGAAAAGACUGUACAAGUUCUUUUCUUAGGACUGUUAAACGACAAUUCAAGGUCAAAAGCAUGUUGUAUUUAUAAUGGCUCUAUGUUGUGCCUGUUUUAUUUUAUUUUUUUCCUAAAUUUUAAAGAGAAAUCUGCUUUUUAUUUGACUAUGUUGCUUUGCAUUCUGUCUUAGUAAAGCCAUUCAGUCACACAUCUGUUUUCACUCUAAUGUAAACUAUCAGAUAUCACAAUAAAUUUUCAAUGGCAUUAAAUUGUG